GUUUAAAAAAAGAUAUUGAAGGAUUAAAAAAAGAAAUUCAAGAACGUGAUGAAACUAUUCAAGAUAAAGAAAAACGUAUUUAUGAAUUAAAACGUAAAAAUCAAGAAUUAGAAAAAUUUAAAUUUGUUCUUGAUUAUAAAAUUAAGGAACUUAAAAAACAAAUUGAACCACGUGAAAUUGAAAUAAAAGAAAUGAAAGAACAAAUAACAAAUAUGGAAGCUGAACUUGAACGAUUAAGCAAGAGUAAUGAUGAAGAAAAAUUAAAGAAUGAAGAAUUACGUACAAAAUUAAAUGCAUCAGCUUUAGCUUUACAACAAGAAAAACAAUUAAAACGAGAUUCUGAAUUAGCAUUAAAACGUAUUAAAACUGAUAUACAUAAUUGUUCAGCUCUAAUUACUGAACCAAAAUUAUUAACACAACGUGUCGCUGAAAUCUAUGCUCAAUAUGUUCGUGACGAUGCAACUGAAGAAGCAACUAUUGAUCAAGAUAUAACAAAAGAAUAUGCUCGACAACGAGAUCAUCUUGAACGAACAGUUCGAAGUCUUAAGGGUAAAGUUGAUAAAGAUUCUGAUCGACAUAAAAUGGAAAAUAUCCGUAUAAUGCAGGAAAAUGUAACAUUAAUUAAAGAAAUCAAUGAUUUACGACGUGAAUUAAAAACAUCUCGUGUUAAAUUACAAGAUUUACAAACAGCUAUGGGUAUAAGUCGUAAAACAGCAGCACGUACAACAGAAGAAAUUGUUCAAGCAUUAAAUACACAUCAAAAUAAUCAUCUAGUUCAAGAAAAACACACUGAAUUAGAAAAUUUAAUUCAUCGUCAACGAAGUGAAAUUCAACGGCUUAAUGAACAAAUUGCAAAUAUUGAAUCAAGUGUUGGUCGUACUGGUACAGCUGGCGGUGGUGGUGGUGGUCGAUCUCGUCCAUCAUCUGGACAAUUACCACCAAUUACAUCAGCAUUAACUGCUCAUUAA